AUGUGGGAAACAUCGAUUUACACAUAUAAUAACGUAUCUAUUGCGAUUGCCAGUAUACCAUACUAUACUCCGUUGCUCCAGGUAAAAAUCACUUUUGACAUUCGACUGUUGCUCCUGCUCGAGCUGGCACUUGGAAGCUUUGCCGCCUCGCGCACCGGCACUUGGAUGCACUCGGGUCUGCGGGGCGUCUCACUCGGGGAUCAUCGGGGCGAGGCUGCUACUUCGGCCGGAAAGCUCGAGCCCUCGGCGCUGUGCUCCGCUCUGAGGGGCCUGUCCCGCGGCCAGGACAAGCUUUGCCAAUUGUCGCACGAUCACAUGUCCAGCGUCGCCCGCGGCGCCAAGCUCGGGAUACGCGAGUGCCAGCACCAAUUCAAGUAUCGGCGCUGGAACUGCUCGACCCUCGACGACGAGAGCGUCUUUGGACCCCUCAUGGACAUAGCGAGCAGAGAAACGGCGUUCGUGCACGCGAUCACGGCAGCCGGGGUCGUUUACGCGCUGGGCCGCGCCUGUCGGGACGGGCAGCUAUCCUCUUGCGGCUGCUCGAGAACCAGCAGGCCCAAGGAUCUCAAUCGAGAGUGGAUCUGGGGUGGCUGCGGUGACAACCUCGAAUACGGCUACCAAUUCGCCCAAUCCUUCGUGGACGUACGAGAGCGAGAGCGUAAUUACAAGAGGCGCAGUCGCGAGCACGGCAGAAGCCUGAUGAAUCUGCAUAAUAACGAGGCCGGUCGCAGGGCGGUGAUUAGGAAAUCUAAGGUGACGUGCAAGUGUCACGGGGUUUCCGGGAGUUGCAGCCUCAUCACUUGUUGGCAGCAGCUAGCCUCUUUCAGAGAAAUAGGGGAUUACCUCUUGGAUAAAUACGAUGGGGCGACGGAAGUGAAGGUGAACAAGAAGGGCAAAUUGUCCAUCAAGGAUCCGCGUUACUCUUUGCCAACUGCCAACGAUUUGGUGUACUUGGAUGAUUCGCCAAACUUUUGCUUCUCCAAUGCAACCUUGGGCUCCUUGGGUACCCGAGGCCGAGCCUGCAAUCGAACGUCGAAUGGCAUUGACGGUUGCAAUCUGUUGUGCUGCGGUCGAGGCUACAAUACGCACAAGAGCAUGACGAGCGAGCGCUGCGACUGCAAGUUUCACUGGUGCUGUCAAGUUCAGUGUAAUACCUGUUCCAAGAGUUUUGAUAUCCAUACGUGCAAAUGAGAUCUUCGAAUU